UAAGGGCAGGAGAAAAAAAUACUACCAUUUUAGGGGAGGAUGCAAGCCACUAUACCAGCUCAUCUAAGAUUUUACAGGCGCACUUAAGUGUCUUUUUAUUGAAAUAAUAAAAUAAACAUGUCGCUAACGAAUUAUUAUUCCAUAAUGGGUGUCCAAACCGAGGAGGCGUACGGUGCGCAUUUUAUCCCGGGCGGUUUGCAGGGUUCGACGGCCGGGUGCGCGAAGCCUACCCGGGGAGCGGAGCAGGAGCAGCAGGAAGAGGAGGGGACCCUGGUCUCACACAUCCCUGAUUUUUCCAAUUUUUCCAACAAAGCGAGUCUGAAUGGCUUUUCUCCUUGGACAAACACGUCUAUCUCCACCCCGACGUCUUCCCAGCUGCAAAGCGCAUCCGGUGCUUCCCUCCCUGGACUCUUUCAUCCACACCCCCUCCUGAACCACCACCACUACGGCCCACAAGCUCAGACUCACGCUGAGCACCUCGCGUCCGCGGCAGCGUCCGACAGCAGGUUCGUCCGCUGCUGGGAAGGAGUGACCCCGGCCUCGGAGACCGCUCUGUCGCAGGUUACACCCAGUUUCUCCGCGUGUCUCCCCACGCAAGGGGAACUGUCUAAUCCCAGCCCCACCUAUGACGCGGUUAAACCAGAGAGCUCGCCGCCGUCCCGCGACAGCGCCGAGGAGUCCAGCUUCGCUAGCCCGGCAGAGGUGCUCUUGGAGCGGCUGGGGGCGGUGAAGGAGCCGGGGAGGAAGACUGAGACGAAGAAGGAGGACGAGGAGAGAAAUACACGACAGCAGCAGCAGCUCGACCCGGAAAAUCCAUCAGCCAGCUGGAUCCAUGCCAAAUCCACUCGUAAAAAGAGGUGCCCCUACACCAAGCACCAAACCCUGGAGCUGGAGAAGGAGUUCCUCUACAACAUGUACCUGACAAGGGACCGGCGCCUGGAGGUGGCAGGACUCUUAAAUCUGACAGAGAGACAGGUGAAAAUCUGGUUCCAGAACAGGCGGAUGAAGAUGAAGAAGCUGAUGAUCCGGGAGAGGAGGAGUAUGAAUGACUGAUAGCUCUGUAGGAUGAGUAUAUAUAUAAAUAAAUAUAUUUUAUCUUUGUUCUUAUCUCCCCCAUGGGAUGGGGAUGUAGAGGAGAAGAGGUGUUGAAGCUAGCUCAUUAAACAAAACACAGAGCCCCAUGAUGCCCUGAAAACUGCGACGGGGGAGACCAGGAUGCAUUGUAACACCUCACUGCCAUCAGGCCUUCAUUUUUAAAUCAUCAGAAAUCUCCCAUCCAUGUGUUUUACUGUGAAAACAAUCUGGAUCUGAUGUGAACUAAAAACAUAUGUAGCAAUUAACACAAAAAAAAUCAAAACUGUCUGACCUUAAAGUUGAAAUAUUUUUAACUGCAGAAAUUUUCCAAACCACAAACAUAGAUUUUAGUCUAAUCCAAUGAGAUUUUAUUUUAUUUGUGGUAAACUGACACAAAUUAUUGCAGAAUUAUGAAGUUGAAGACAAAUUUCACGUUUUUUUGUUUUGUUUUUUGUUUUGUUUUGUUUUGUUUUGUUCUGUUUUGUUAAUGCAAGUAUGAAAACAGAGGCAGGAAUUUGUUUCAAGUCCCUUUAGAUCUUAAAAUUAAAAUCUCAGUUUUUUUCAUACCAAGUUUGAUUUUUUUUUUACCCUUUUUCUCUUUUUUUUCUUAAAACAAUUACAAAUAGCAUCAUUCUGGACUAUGGAGACACAAGGAAGAGGAUUGAUAGAAAAUAAUCCAGAUUUUCUUUAAAUUGAAAUUUUCGAACACAAAAAUAAAUUUUAUUGAUAGAAUCAUUUUUUGGCCCUUCUCUAAUAUGAUGUCUGAGUGGGCAGACAUCAUAUGGGGGCAGUUAUUUAUCAUAUUUGUUCAUGCAACAGCUGGUAAAUACAGAAAAUGCUGACAAGAAGUAAUUCUCUGCCAUCGUUUUGGAUCCCACUCUAGUGUGGCGCCUACAUGACUCGUAUUUGGGGCAUACCAAAGUUUUGCAACUCUGAAGAAGACUAAGGAACAGGUAAAGAAAAAAACAUCCCCAUGGUGGUGGUUGUGUCAUGCUUUGGGUCUUCUUUUCUCCAGAUGUCCAGAGUACAAAUUCCUGCCACAUUUUCAGAUUUACAUUUGUGAAAAAUAUUAAACACCAUCAUUUUCCAUUCCCCUUCAUAUUGAUGCGCCACUUUGUGUCAGACUAGCUCAUGAAAUCCCAAUUCAAAUCUCUGCAGUGUGUGGUUGUACCGUAGAGGACUAGGGCCACCGAAAAAAAAAAAAAAAAAAGAAUUCUGACUUUAAACUCAGAAUUCUUUUUUUUUUUUUUUUCGGUGGCCCUAAGCCUUUUCCGUAGUGGUUGUGAUGAAAUACCAAUAAAGUUUAAGCUUUGUAAGGCACUAUCUCUCAUGUCUACAACUGGAAACACUUGAAGCAUUUUUUGACUUGAUGUAAACUGUUCUUUCAGGAAAAAUACAACCACGAUUUAAUGCUGAAUUUAUCACCCUCUUUGCAAAAUGGUGUUUAGUGCAGCAGGAAUAUAAACACUUACUUGAAGGCAUCUCUCCAAAAUUAGUCCCAGCAGAGCAUCAGCACCGCCUGAUGAUGGAAAAUGGCCUUAAAAACAAAUAAUAAGGUAAUACAAGGCAACAAAGAUGACAAUUUAUUGGACAAAUUGUGAAAUAUUUUAAUAUUCCCUGUGUUUGAGUUAUCAUAUUAUGCUUCCUUUCAUUCUUGCCAUGUUUUCACAUUCAUGGGACUCACAUGGUCACUUGGCCAAUAACGCAUACAAACCUGUUUUGUUGGUCCUGCCCCACUGAAGGACUGCUUUCAUUUGAGAAGCUGUGGUUUGCAAAUCCAUUAAGCGUCAGUGUUGGUUUCAAAUGCAGACAACAAAAAUAUAACAUCUAUGAGAUUGCUUUUAUUGUUUUUGUUUUGAAAGAUAAUCAACUAUGUGUCUGCAGCUGGUUUAUGAAUACAAUGUAGGAGAUGCAAAAACUCUGACCUGUCGCCCAAUAAAAACGAGUUUAACAGCUGAAACUUUAAAACAAGGAUGCCUGGAAGGCAUCUGCGUACAAAAAGAAACACUUUUAUCUGAAUUACAAUAACUGCAGCCAAGUUUUCAAAAUGACUUUUUGUAUUAGACUGUUUAAUGGUUUAAAUUGUUCUCAAUUGACAUAAAAACACAGAGGUCUGUCUAUGUUUAACAAAGUGUGUUUUUGAAGACAGCGUUAAACAAUAUCUGCAUAUCUUGAGUUGUAAGAUUCAUUUGUCAAAAAAUAGUCAAACUUCUACAUUUUUGUAUAGAAAUGCAGUGAAAAAUGCUAUUAAAAACGGUUGAAAGUAUAUUUUGUGUAUCAGUGUGUGUGUCACACUUAGUAAAUGGAAAUGGGUUUUCCCUCAGUGUUACAGCCAACGCUGGUCUCCCUUAAAAUCAGAAGUAGAACUUUAAACCCUUCCCUGUUUCAUUUUUUCCAAAGUGUGCAUGUUGCCUUACAUGGGCAUAUUUCCUUGUUGUUACUGUCGUUGGUAUUGUUGUCAUUGAUGCUGUUGUUGAUAUAUGUUGUCAUACCUUUAUUCCACACUCAAACACACACCAGUCAUUGCUAAGCUACAUGGCGAGACAAAAUCCUACAACUUGGGUUCGAUGGUUUACAGCGAUUACCAUAUAUGGGAAAAUCACGCACAAUUUCUCAGAUUUAGACAAUAAAGUAUGAUAUAAUCACAUUAUUAGGAUUGUUUUGGAAGUGAAAGGAUUAUCCUGUCAAAUACGAGAGCAAAUAUUUUCAUUUAGCCCUAGCUGGGAUUAUUUGCUUGAGUCGAUUAGAUGUCACGUUGGAGCGAGAGCAGCACAAUAAGAGUAUAGGCAAGACGAUGAAAGUGGAUUCUCUUGGUGUUUGACAGACUAAUUCUUCCAUAUAUUCUAGAUUUAUUUGAAAGAUAUUUUUUCAUGAUGAAGAGGUGGACUCAAAGCAAUGCAAUUGUUUUCAUUUAACUGGAAGGUUCCAUCAGUAAGACCUUCAUCUUUAAAUAUGCUGCUCAUUGUGCUUAUUUUUUAAAUAAAACACAAUAAUGAUCUUAUU